CCCUCCCAGCCAGUAGGUGGCACUGUGACGUUGCUGCAGACGCCGUACGUGGGGGCGCAGGGCGGGGCUUCGGGUUAAAGUACGUGUGCUUCACUGGAGCUCGCCGCUUGAAACCUAAACCAUGGUGCUGCUUGAAAACGACUCGUUUCUCACAGAGCUCACUCGGCUCUUCCAGAAGUGCAGAACAUCAGGCAGUGUUGUCAUCACGCUAAAGAAGUAUGACGGUAGAACCAAACCCAUGCCCAGAAAGGGCCAUUCAGAGUCGUUUGAACCAGCAGAUAAUAAAUGUCUCCUCAGAGCGUCGGAUGGCAAGAAGAAAAUCAGCACAGUGGUUAGUACCAAAGAAGUAAUCAAGUUUCAAAUGGCAUACUCCAACCUCCUUAGAGCUCACAUGGAUGGUCUGAAGAAGAAAGAUAAGAAGAGCAAAAGCAAGAAGACUAAAGCUACUCAAUGAUCACGGGACUUAUUCAAGAACUGUACUGUUCCAGUCUGAGGGGAUGGGAGGGGGCGCUGUCUGCCUCUGCACACGCCACUCUCCCAUCACAUUCACUGUACAUCCACCCGGUGACUGUAGAUAUGAUACCAUUGUCCUGCAUGGUGAUGUCUCAUCCUAGGCUGCCUGGUGCCAUCAGUCGUAAGGAACGAGACACAAGGACCUUUUUUGUUUUUUGUCUGCAGAAUGAAGAGAGCCAAUCUUUUUGCUGCCAAUGGAGCUACUUUUUUGUCUUGAUUCAGAAGGACAUUUUUUUUUUCUUGCUCUCAAAAUCCAGAACUAAAUCAGAUCAAUUUUGUUUUUAUGGUUAAAAGGUUUAUAACACAACUAUAUUUUCCCCUGUUUUAUUUCCAGUUUCAGGCGAAGCCUUUUGCUGUCUAAACCAACAGUUUACGUUAAUUUUUUUUGGUGAAAUACUAGAAGUACUAUAAGUGUGUUAUGAAUGAGGACUAUAGAGACGUGUGCAUGGGCUAUAACUGUACUUCUAUUUUUGAUUAUCAUAGUUACAAAGCAGGUCUAAGCACAGACAGUGUUCAUACGAUUUCUUCAGAGUCCCUUCGUAGAAGAGGGCUGUAACAAAUUUAAUUUCUGAAAUAAAGUUCUGUUAAAAAAAAAAGGAAAAAAGCAACUAUUUUUUUUCCAUUCUGAAAGACAAAAACUGAACAGCUUAUAAAACAAGACGUCACAUAUUUACAGAUACACGUUUGUUGGGUUAGAAACAGUCCUGUCCUCUCAUAGCGCCGUGUUCCUCUUGUCGAGUCUGUCCUUCGGGGACGUGGCGAGCUGCCGCUGUCGGGCGCUCUCCUCCUGGUAUCCUUGCUUCAUCAAGGCAGUCACAAACUGGAACAUUGUCUGGAUCAGAAAACAGCGUCACAUGUUCCUUCUGAAAUAAACCUCCAAUGAAAAGUCUGCCAA